UUCCUCUCUCCUGUUAAUCCCCAGAAUGAAACAGCAACAACAGCAACGUCGAAUGUUCACAGCUGCCCUCCUGGCACUUGUUUUCAUUCUGGCAGCUGUGAGUACCACUGAGGCUGGCAAAAAAGAGAAACCAGAGAAAAAAGUGAAGAAGUCUGACUGUGGGGAAUGGCAGUGGAGCGUCUGUGUGCCCACCAGUGGCGACUGUGGUCUGGGGACACGUGAGGGUACCCGCACUGGGGCUGAGUGCAAACAAACCACCAAGACUCAGAAGUGUAAGAUUCCCUGCAACUGGAAGAAGCAAUUUGGAGCAGAGUGCAAAUACCAGUUCCAGGCCUGGGGAGAAUGCGACUUGAAUACUGCCUUGAAGACUCGAACUGGGAACCUAAAGAGAGCCCUUCAUAAUGCUGACUGCCAGAAGACUGUCACAAUCUCAAAACCGUGUGGGAAGCUUACCAAACCCAAACCUCAAGAAUCCAAGAAGAAGAAAAAGGAAGGCAAGAAACAAGAGAAGAUGCUGGAUUAAUGGAGCCACCUUGGGCAAUGUGAGAAAGGGACAUCAGCAAACACGAUCAGUUAACAGUUUCAUUUAUACCUAGGCAUUUUAUCCUAAAAUUAUUUAUAGCUUAAUGGUACCAUAGAAGAAAACAAAGACAGAAAAAAAAAUCCUUUUUUUAUUACUUUAGUCUUUUUAAUGUAUAACCCUAACACCAGUUUUUAGAGGCCUGUCAUAAAGGACUCCAAAUUCAUUUAGAAAAUUAUGUCUAUUGUAUAUUGAACAGUGUAGAACUUUUUAAAAAAAUUUUUUCUCAAGUCUUGCCAUAGGUCUCAAUCUGUUAAUUACUCCAUGCAAGCAGAACCUGAACCUGUGUGGAGCUCCGCUGAAGCCAGUGGUGCCCUCUGUGAACAUAGGAUUCUGGCUGGAUGCAAUUAUAAUUAAUAUUGGGACCUUAUAUCUGAAAAAAAACCCAGACUUGUUUCUUAAGUUCUUAUUAGAUUUGGAUAACUAUGAAAUUAUUUGUUUAAGGAAAGGAUGGGGGCAUUUUGUUGAGUAUUUAUGGGUGUAGAAUUUUUUGGGGUGUGUGGUGACUAUUCAUUUCAAAAUGCUACUAUCUCCAGGUAAAAAACCAGAAACAGUAGCAUCCUAUUCUUGGCCAUAUUUUGCAUGUUGUCAGUAAAAAUUUUGAAAUCUUUCAACAGUUGUAUAUAGAAGAGUCCUAAUUUUUCACGAUUUUUUAGAAAUGAUUUUUCCAAAUGAAACAAUAGCAAAACUUUCCAUUUUUUAGCAUAUCAGUGCUGGUGGUUAGUAGUGUUCUCUGUUUUACCUAUAAAAGCUGAAAAAUGCUUUCUUUUAUUUGUUUAUUUUGCCAGAAGGGAGAAUAUAAUUUUCACAAAAGUCUAGUUCAAAUUGUUGUGAUUCUGCCUGACCCAACUCCCUUUUGUAUCAGUGGGAAUCUUCCUGUUGAUUUUUAUAGCUAGUUGAAAAACAGUAUGUCUGUUGGGAAGUAACAGAAGAAAUCUGUUUGGAAACUGACUGACAUAGUUCAUAUUUUUGACUAAAAAAGGGACAAUUUGUGGGAUGUAAAUCCAAUAGGGAUUAAACUAAUUUUUGUUUCUCUGAUAAUAAAGCAGAAGGGAAAUACAAAACCCCAGUACCUUUUGCUUUCUUCCAUUUUAUAUAAGCAAAAAGACCUUGGAAAAGCUCAGUCAAAAUAAAAAGAGUUCUGUGAUUUUUAUUUUUUUUUUAAUGGUCUGCAGGGAAAAAUUGUAACCAGCUGGUUUUCAUUUUGUUCAAUUUUACCUAUUUUGAAUGGUAAGUCCUGAGAAAAGUCACAAAGUAGAAAAAAGAUCUAACAAAGGGCUGGUCCUCAGGUAAAGGUUGUUUAAUGAACUAAACAACCAGCAGACCAGACUUUUUAGAGGAGAUUUCAGUGCCCAAAUCAGUUUCAAAAUCUUUGCGGUUAAAUUCUAAAUCUUAAAAUUCAACAGCAAGAAAUAAGCUUUGCCAUUUGUGUAGGCUGCAGGCUUGCUUGCUGGUCAAGAGGAAUAGUCUCCCUUGUACUGCUGUGGGUAUCCACUGACUUCAGCGAAGCUGCAGCAGGGUGUGUUCAGCUGAGUAAAUCACAUUUCUCUCUUGGGAUUACCUUGUAGACAAGCAGAGAGUCUUUUUCCAGACUAACAUCACUCCCCUUUUCUAUGCAAAAGAUGUAUAACAAUUUCAGAGCUUGCCCUCUUUCUUCUCACAUGGAGGGUAUGACUGAUCUGAACUUACAGUGAGGCAAAUCCUGUAGACGUUCCCAAACCCUUUUGAAGCCAGCUAGCCAAGGCUGCACAUAGCUCAAGGUAAAUUAGCCACAUAAUUAUUUCCCAGACUCCUUGGGUGUGUUUUGCAGUCUGUGUUGGUGUCCUUGUUAUUCUGACUAUGCUGUUAUACAUACCUGAGCCAGUGGUAUAGUUAAAAAUGUCCCCAACAUGUGGUGGAUGUGCAAUGACCAAAUCCAAAAUCAUAAAGGCUCAUAUUUGGGUGGUUCUGGGUGCUAUUUGGUUUCUUCAUGGUCUAAUCAGGUCUACCUGUGCUUGUGCCUCAGACUUAAACUAGUGGAUUGGUAGGUCUGAUUGAAAGCAAAGGGAGAAAGAAGUUUUUUCACUCACCAAAGGUUUAUCUGUCUAAAUGCUGCAUCAGUUCACUUAAAGUGGUUCAGCUUUGAGUGCAAACACUGUUGCACCAUUGUCUUACACUGGUUAAUCUAGUCCAUGUUUCAUAGGGAGAUGGCAGGAGCUGGGAAUGAGGCUGAGACCAACAGUUUGACUAUCCUUUAGCAAACCUUAGAUGUGACUUCUGAUUUCCACCUCUAAGUAAGAAGAAAAUAAAUUCCCCUGUGUUUUCUCUGACACCUUAUGGCCCUCAUGAUUAACUGCCCACCUAGCUUGUUAAUGGAACAUUCCUAAUAGUUUUUGAAGGAGGCCAGUCAAGUUCUUAUGGCAGUGUAGGGCCUCCAUGGAGAGAGUUUACAAAAAACAAAGGAAAAAACAAAACCCCACCAUGUUAAGAACGGAAGAAAACGCAUCAGUCCUUGUAGUAGAGGGCGUGAAAUAGGAGUUCCUGUGUACUACUCAGCCUCAUAUGUUUGGCUCAAUAUUGGCAUUUGAUUGUUGAACGUAAUUGGACUUGUAUCUGUCGUAGUUUAUAAACAAUGAAGAAAAAUUCCAAGAAGCUAGCAGAAAACAUUCUGUGGAAACUCUGGCUGUGAAGGACAUGAUAAAAGUAAUUCAUGGCAGAACACAGAGGAAGAUUGAAUAGGUCAGUCAGGUCAGCUCUGAAAGUAGGUACCUGGUACCUAAUAGGAGCAGUUGCUUCACUAGUGACAUUAUCAAUAAAGCAAGAGGCAAGUAUCUGAACAAAACCUUUUCCCACUUUAUCUUGCUCAGUUUCCACUUGAGUCAUUUUGAAAUUUCUUCUUAAUUGCUCUCUGAUCUUCUACCCUCCCUUCUUUGGGAGGGCAAGCUUGUCUGACAGUGCCGUGGGGGCGGCUACUUCAGAUGAAAUACAUGUUUUGCCCUCUUGGUGCUAUCCUGUUACAGUUGAAAAUGAAUUAGUGUAGAUGUGUUGCUUAGCUAGUUUAACUGACUGAAACUUGUUUCAUGAAUGUCCUUCUCAAGAAGUGGCUUCCAUCUUCAUUUGCUACAGCUAUAAUAUGGUGUAAUAUGAUAGAAACCCCCCAAAUGACAGCCUUUUUCUGAGCAAAAGGGAGGGGUGAGUUGCUGAACAUCAGCUAAGAUCUGAAUCUGCAUCCAGACUCUGGAUUCUAGCAAGUUUAAACUUAGGGGAAUUUGGGUACAGCUCACUUCCCUUCCUCUAAGUAGACUGAGCCAUGCUUCUAAGCAAUUAGGUUUCUCUAUACCUUGAUUCAAAACAAUAUUUGAGGAUUGGGGCAUUUUCUGACUUUGACAUGUUUCCUGACAGAAGUGCCCAUAUUGAAAGAGAAUCAUUGCUUGUCAGCCUGGCAUAUUUAACAGAUUAUUAAGCACAGCGGAGCUAUAGGGCAAGGCUCCAGAAAGGGAAACAUUUAUUGUACAUGCAGGUAGAUACUAAGUUGUAACUUACUACUUCUUAUGUUCUAAUCGCAUAAUGACUUUCUGGACUGUACUGUUUUUCAAAGGAGAAAAAUUAGAAGAAAUGAAAGAAUAAUGAUUAUAAAACGUAUCAACAGUGUUGGAGACUUUGUCAAGAAGAGACAGAUACAAAGUCAGGAGUAUUUUAUACAAACUUCUUUUGCAUCCUCCUGGAGUAGGGAAGGUAGGAUUAUUGGUUGGCACGUUUGUUUUUGUCCUGUGCUUGACUUAUGCCUUAAUAAAAACUAACCACAUGUAGAAUGUUACAGAGAAGGAAAGUCCCACUCCAACCUCAAAAGAACAUGUCCAACGGGAGGCAAUAUUAAAAGGAGAUGAUAUGACUGUCUUUUCUGGUUUAGGAGUCCAAGUUAUGGUGAUGUUGAUAGGAGAAAACAUAACAUAUUUCUUUAGCUUUAGUGUAUAUCCUUCAACUCUUGACAUGUGGCAAUGUACAGUUCAAAUAAAACACGGGACCAUUAGGAUGAAAUAAGGGGAACUGAAUACUUAGGGAGACUGUUUAUGGAAACAGGCCUAUAAAACUCCUGCUAGCAGGGAGCAUCUGAACAUAAACACUGUGUAGCAUUCCCAUUUAUUUAGUGGAAUCCCUUAACAUAUGAUGAGUUUCAUCUGAGUUUCCUUAGUCUAAUGUCAAUGAUGAGGGUGGGACAAAAGCCAGCCUGACUUCCCUUCAGUCUAGAAGCGACACCUACAUUAACAAUAUAAACCUGCCACUUUUCUAAAGCAAAAUACGGGUAAGGUACACCAUUUUGACAUGACAAAGUAGUCUUUCACAUCUCCCAAAUUCAUACAGGAUGAAGAAGCAGCAUGUCAAUGGGAGUAGGUAUCUCAUAUUCAGUCUUUUCAAAUUCUCUACGACAGCAUCUUCUGUGAACUUCUGACUGUGUUCUCUCCUUUUUUGGGACAGAUUAUACCUGUUGUCUGUCUUCCCACACUCAUCCCUAAUUUUGAUAGCAUUUGUAGGGUUUCUGUCAAUUUUGCUAAGGCACUCUAGCUGUCAGCCAAACUUCUGUGAAUAUUGUUGAUGCUUCCUCACGCUUAAGGAUGUAUUCUCCAUUUCUUGCUGGAAUGUUCCAAAACAGCCCCAGCAAGCCCCUUCAUUGGAUACCUCUCAUUCUGUCUUUUUAAGAUUAAAAGACAUGGUAGCAAUUUGUUAAUCAGAUUACAAUGAACAAGGAGAUAUAAGAACAAGCAAAGAGAUUCCCUAGAUUCAUUGGCAGGGUGGCUUCCUGGUAAAACCUUUGUCAUAGCUCAAUCUGCCUGAGGCUUUCUAGGGGACAGGAAUGCAUGACAUUUGAUGGAAAAUUAGAGAUGAUGAAAGAGUGUUUGCCCUCAAACAGAAAAAUAGUUUAGCUAGGUAAACAGUGGCAAGAAGCUGCAUCCUUUCCCCCUGUGUCCUCUUGACCAUCAAAUUAAAGGGAAGAGAUGUGGUGCAUAAAGCUUCAGGAAUAUUGGAAGACUUGCCUGAGCAAACUAGAGCAUGGAGAGAACCUCUUUCACCCCAUGGAAGUUUGCAUUUCAAGAAGGCCUAGUUAGUCUUGUUCAUAGCAGCAGAACACUCUGUGUGCUUUUGGAUCAAAACUAAAUGAUCCUGAAGUCUACUCAUUAUCCUAAUGUUCCUUUUCUGCUACUCUUCAAAACUGACAGUCUGCCUUCUAGCCUGAUCACUCUGACCUGAGCAGAAAUGAGAUAUUUCAAGGAAAACAUAAGAAUUCAGAUAUAUUCAACUGUUGUUAUCUCAUUUUGCCCUUUCUGCAGUUUGCUGGUUAAAUGUGGGGUGUUUUGGGGUCCCAGAUGGCUGAAAACUCAGUAGGUAUCUCCUAGCCUCUAAAUAUCUUGGCUUUGAGUGGGUUGCCUAUGAAAAAAACUAUACCUACAGUUCUUAUUCCUUUCUU